CGCAAAAUGGCCGCCGCGCCGAAUCUCUGAUAUUUCGGGAUCAAGACAUCUUUACCGCCCUCCUCCUCCUCUCCGACGGCCUAGAAGGUCCGGUCCACAAGGCGACUGCCUCGGUACUGCCCUCCAGACCAGGUGGGGAGCAGCUGUCACCGGGAGAACAAGGUUGAAGACAUUAAAGCCUGUAACCAGAAGGUGAUUGCCUUUAUGUAUUUUAUGUGGCCAUCUCCAGACGGCACUUUAUUGGAAGAUCUGCCUGCAGACGUGUGCAUUAUUCUGGAUUUCUUCUAACUACAGCCACUUGGACAUUGCCAUGUUUCGACGUCAGGAUCUGCCUGGAAUGCAUGUACGUGAAUCAUUUACCCACCCCGGUUUUUGCGAUCCAUUUUUUCUGGAUGAACAAAAUAUCAAGAAAAUGAUGCGUCCAGUCACAAACAACAAUGUGGCUUUUUGUGGAAGCGGCAAGUCUUCCUGCCUUGGUCAAGAGAGCAUGAGAAGUGUGGAGCAGUUUAGCUUGUACGCCUCUCAGCCAAGUAAAUACAGCCAUACUGUUAGCCACAAGAACAUCUCCUGCCAGACACAGGAAACCAUCAAUGAGGCACAUUUGCAGACCACGAGCAGCAGGGACCUGGACACAAAAAGUGAUUUAAAGAAAAAGAAGACCCUUGGAAGAUCUGGAAAACGGGGAAGGCCAUCUGGCACCACCAAAUUGGCAGGUUACAGAACCAGCACUGGCAGACCGCUGGGAACCACCAAAGCUGCUGGCUUUAAAACAAGUCCUGGCAGACCAUUGGGCACAACCAAAGCCGCUGGAUACAAAGUCAGCCCAGGGAGACCUCCAGGAAAAAAGCAGCAAGCCUUCAUGUGUGCCAGCGAUGCAUAGGACACAAUGGUGCGGACUUAUACUUGUUCAUGUGUACAGUCUGGACCUUUAUUACGACACAUGCAACUAAGAAAAUGUUCUUCCCCACCUCACAUGCAGACCAUACUUACCAGUCAUUAUGCUCAACUGGAUGUCACCUCCGCACAGCUGAAUGGAUUCAAAGCUUUGCAAUCUCUUUCCACUGAAAACCUGCGGUCCUUUUCAGAUAUGUCUAUAUUUUGUACUACAGCACCCACCAUUGUGUUGUGAGCAUUACUGAUGUAUAUGUUCUGAUGGAGGAAUGGUCUUACUGUGUCUUCAGGGAAGCUCGGGGGACAGCACUUCUUUACACUCAGUGGGGCAGACUUAGUAAAGAAUUAGCUCCACUUUUAUGGCAUAAGAAAGUGAUGCACGCCGUAUCUGUGCUAUCAUUUGCAUCAUUUUUUAACUUUGACACUUUUCAAAAGUACAGAUGUAGAGGGUAGGGCAUAGCAGGAGAGGCAGGGUUAGCCCUGGCCCAACACUUUUACUAUCAUUUUGGCUGGAGUAGAUGUGAUUUCCUGGCACAGAAUUACCAGAUUUGGCGCAUUUCACUUCAGUGGACUUGAGACUAAUAUUAGCGUAUGAAACUCUUCUUCCAGUGUUUCUAAAGAGGACCUGCCGCCUCUCUUGUUUUAGUACUUGCUUGCAUUCCCCAUGCAAUAACAAUAUACAAUACUAUGCCCUUCCUCUGUUAUUCCUCCUGGAAAUACAUUAACAACUCGUGUUGGUUUUACCAUUCCCUUUUUUAAUAUAAUGUGUCCCUACACACUCUGACAUGUUCCAACCAGUGCCAACAGAGGCCUAAAUCCUGCUGACGAGCAAUUCCAAGAGGAAUAGGGGAGGAAUGGUACAACGUAAAGUUGUAAGAGGAAAAAAAAAUAUUUAUUAAAACAGAAACCAUGUACUUUUUACCAUCUGCGGCCUGGCCAGGUGCACUGUCCACUUGCUUCUGUAUGUAAAUCAAGUGCAACCUUUUGGCAGCAACAUUGAAAAACAUAUGCAGAAUAUGGCUGUUAGAGCGUUUGAUUUCUCCUAAAUGAAAUGUUUAUGGCUCUAUCAAGUCUGUAUAUGAGAGCUAAUAAAAAUCAUUGGUGCUUUCAGUCACAGGAUGAACAUACAUAUAAAAGUUCUCUCCAGUUUUGGUCAAAGGAGGGUCUGCAUGGUUUGUAGAUAUAUGAGGGCCUAUGGGAUUGGGUUAAACCAGAAGUCUCCGGACCAUCUUCCUAGGUUGUCAAAGGAAAUCUUUCACCAGCCACCUCCGUAUCAAAGUGUUUGUAUAGACACAUAGCUGUGGUUUACCUGAUUAAAACACUUUCUUUUGUUGAUCUGAGGCCCGAUAUGCAAAUUAGGUAUUUGGUGCGAUAAGAGAGUCACCAUUGCUCUUUCAUCCAAGCUGCACUCCUUUCUCUGGACAAACCCUCCUUUGACGCUUUGAUUCACAGAACCAGGCAGAAGCAAAGCAGUGAGGGAGGGGCUGACUACAAAUGAGUGGAGCUUCGGUGGAACAAGAGCAAAGGUGAUGCCCUGAUUGCACCAAAGUCCUAAUAUAUAUAUAUAUAUAUAUAUAUACACAGUGGCGAUCAAAAUUAAAGAACAACACACAAUUUCUGAAAUGUCAAGGUCAUAGUGUAGUCCUAUGUGAAUAUAUCCUAAGAUGAGUAAAAUAGCAGUAUUUUACAAUUAUUUCAUAAAUUGUAUUUAUUUUAAAGCACAGAAUAAAAAUGUAAAUGAGAUAAAUGAAAAAGAACACUGAUCAAAAUUAGAGAACACUUUUAGAUACCUGCAAGUUAUUGGUGUUAAUCUGGCAACUGGUGCUAAUUUCCUUAAUGAUCUGACAAACCCUAUUUAACUGGCAGCCUAACAGUCCAGUUUUCACUGACUUUGCCAAAAUGGUGUGCCGUUCAAAAGUAACUGAAACCUUCUGGCAGCAGGUUAUCCAGAUGAAGGCCAAAGGGGUGAGCCUAUCAGCAAUAGCAAAAGAAGUUGGUCGUUCCAAGUCUGUGACUUCUAGAAUAUUGUAUCUUUACAGCAUCACAAACUCAUUCAAGUCCCCCAAGAAGGCUGGUCGCCCUCGAAAGACAAAUGCAAGAGAGGACAGGAUAAUGCGGAGAAUCUCCAUGGGUUAUCGUUUCAACACUGCAGCUGGAAUUGCUCGCCAGUUCAGCACUGAACAGGGUAAUGAUCUCGUCAUACAGUGUCUCGACGUUUAAGAGCAUUUGGACUGAAAGCCCACUUUGCAGUGACCAAACCUCUCAUUAGCAGAAUCAAAAGGCUAGACUCUCACCUUUGCUGAGGAGCAUGUUGUGUGGACAGAGGAGAAGUGGUCCAGAGUUAAUUUUUGUGAUGAAAGCAAGUUUAAUUUAUUUGGGUCUUAUGGGAAACAUGUUGAUUGACAAACUAGGGAAAGACUGAACCCAAAGUGUGUAAAGAAGUCAGUGAAAGGUGGAGGAGGAAGGGUCAUGGUUUGGGGAAUGUUUUCUGCAGCAGGAGUUGGACCCCUCAUACAGCUACAUGGUAGAGUGACUGCAAGUGUGUAUCAGAAUCUUCUUCACCAACACAUGGUUCCUUCCUUGCGUUCAUCUCUCAAUCAGCCAGCAAUUUUCAUGCAGGACAAUGCCCCCUGUCACACAGAAAAACGGGUAAAGCAGUUCCUUGAAACUGAAAACAUUGAAACGAUGUAAUGGCCAGCCCAGAGUCCUGAUCUAAAGUCAAUAAAAAAACCUCUGGAAAAUCCUUGGUGACAAAGUUAUGGUCAAAAAACCCACAACAGUCACAGAACUGUUGAAGAGACUGGAAGAAGAGUGGACUAAAAUCCCACCGGAGCAGUGUGAGAGACAAGUGAUGUCCUGUGGCCACAGAUGUGCUGAAGUCAUUCAAAGCAAGGGCCUGUACAUUUCCUACUGAUUGGUGACUGUAGAAGAGCGUUUUAAUCAGGUGACGUACAGCUAUGCGUCUAUGCAAACAGUUGGAUAGGGAGGUCGCUGGUGACAGAUUCCCUUUAACGUUAAUCUUGGAGGGCGUGGAAGAACUUGACUGAUAAACUUGGAGGAUAUUGAUGAUAUUACUUUUUAUUCCCUAUUUUUUUAUUUCUGUCAUCCAAAUAUUUUAAUGUGAAAUCUCUGUGAAUGCUGUAAAGAGCAGAUUAGAUGCUAUGUGAAAGUAUAUAUAAUGACUUAAUGCACAUUCACAGAUAAGUCUCUGAGCACAUUACCAAUGUAUAGUAAAUUUCCAGUUGUACUACAAUAUGAAUUAUGUCAUCAUUUCCUAUGUUCUCGUUGUGGAGUUGUGCGAGCUGUAAAUCAGGUAUGUAUGUGUCCGUGUACUGGAAGCUGGAAUAUCUUUUUUUUUUAUGGGUCCAUAAUUGGUGAGUUAAUUAUGAUCAUGUAUAUUUCACUUUGUUGUGCAUUCUGUUUAUAUUUCAUGUAAUAUACUUUUUUCCCUCCCAUUUUAAGGUAAAAGUUAUUAAAACAUCCCUAAUGAUGGCUAAUGUGUAUGAUGUAGAGUCUUUCAUUGUCUCCUCUCAUAGUAAAAGACGUAUAGAUGAAUGGCAGGAGGCACCACCACAUGGGGAGUUAUGUAGGUACACCUGAUUCUACUAAGGCCAUGUCAUGUUUCUAGGAAACAUCAGUGUAGUGUCACACAUAACCCCAAGACAGCGGGCAUGCUUGUAGUAUCGCACACUGAGAUGGAGAUGUCAGGUUUAGGUAGGUGAUGGAGAGAACACAAGAAGCUCAGUUUUUUAAAGAUUCAGUUUCAGCUAGAGAGAGGACAUGAUGUUAGAGAUAGCGGACAGUCACUGGUGUUCUGAAGUACGGCAUGAAGAGGUAUAUAGUUGGGUGUUUUUAGGAUAGAGAUAGUACCGAGGCACUCAAAA